AGGAUAUCGACGACAUAUGAUUGUCUCGAUACUCCAAAAACUGUGAGCAGUUAUGUCUGCCAUCAAAGGGCCAGUACAUCCUCCCCUAUUAAAGAAGUGAAGCUUGAGCGGAGCUUUUGAGCGGAUUGUUCGGCAGUUGUGGUCGAGCAGCAUCUGGUAUGGUAUUGUCCCUCACGGAUGUCCUCGGUAUCCUAGAUGUCUUCGGUGUCCUCGGUGUUCAUCUCAGCACUGCGCAUGCUCUGUGCUGCGGUGAAAACAAUGAGCCUUGCGCAGGAUGCUUCUUAUGUGGAAGCCAGUCUCAAUGCAGCGCAUGUUACAGCCCACCACGUCUCUCCACGCUCGCUGCCGCGCCGCCCGACAUAGCACGUGGCAAUCGUCAGAACACAUGUAACCCCAGCAUCGAAGCGGUACAUCUCUGUCUUCAUGGCCACUGUGCCACACUACGCGAGCGCGCAGCCGUUCCCUCAUGACUCAGCUCCCCCGUACAAACCACGGCCCCGGAACAGCACCAUAUCCCAGCAUCCUAUUGAUCGGAUGCAUAUCACCGUGUCGAGCUUGUUUUCGAGCCACGCCGCGGACCACGUUGCGGAUCACGAGCGGAGCGAUGCGGCGCG